UCGGGUUAUGUAUCGAUGGACGGCAUUUGUGUUGUUGCUCAAAAAUGUUAGGAUCCUAGUAAGAUAAGAAGAGAUUUUCGCGGUGAGAUAGUUUAAAUUAGAGGAUACCGAAGAACAGUAUGCCAGAUCACUAUGUGCAAACCUGGUGGUGAUUGACUUUGAAAUCAGUGCAACUCGCUCGAACGAGAUGGCGGAAUCAAAAGUCUCUGACAUUGUCCUCUGGGUGAAGCCAGAGCCAUUCAACUUUGGAGCUCUGCACCUGCAACCACAUAGCAGACUUAGCCUACACAACAUCAAGAAGAUUGUAGCCUACUCAAAGACGAAAGCAAAUCUGGGCUUUCCACGACUGAGCUAUUCAGUAUGGAAACACAUUGCCUGCAAUAAGCUGUCGAUGUCUGAAGAACUAGCAUGGAUGUAUUUCUCUCUGUGUGACUUGCUGAGUGAGAAAUCGAGGGAUCAGUUUCUACGAUGCGACAGACUGUAUGCAAGAGGCACAUCAGCCGAAGAAAAGCGUCGUGCCCAGGAGAUCCUUACGGUCGACACUCUGCACUUUGUGCUGCUGCUCUUCAUCCAGCACCUGAACAAGAUCAGUUUGCGGUCGUCACUGGUGCCGGGAGAGGAGUGGCCAGUGCGAUCUCGCUCACCUUCUCCUGACCUUGACAGCCGUGCAUCGCCCGCCAUGAGCCGGUCUCUUGACGAACAGAACCACCUGAGCUUUGUCGUUAGCAACCUUACCUCGAUGCUUGAGCUGCUAACCAACUCAGACUUGACGGACAGGCACGAUGAGGCCAUGGUACCAUACGAUGCAGUCAUAUCUCUUGGUUGGCUCAUCGGCGGGUCGGUGGACCGCGGCCACUCCGCGACCCCCCUCCACGACAUCGCCACCAUGCCCACCCUCUACACAGCCACCGGAUAUGCGCAGGUGUCCAGGGCAUUUUCAUUCAAGGCUCUUGCUUCCUGGAUUCAGGCGUCCCUGGGUGUGAACCCGUUUGGUGUCUCGUCGUGCAUAAUAGGUGGCAGGCGGUUGUCAUGGCCGCUGGGCGGUGAGUCACACAGUGUGUCUGUGAGUGUGCAGAAAUGCCGCAGCUCCACUAUCGUGCUAGGUGCGGUGGAGACGGCCGUCCAGGUGACCGGCUGCAAACACCUGAAGCUCGUAGCAGCCUGUCGACAGCUAAUCAUCAGCUCGUCCUCUGCGGCCGUGGUUCAUGUACUAACGCCGAGCCAUCCGCUAAUCCUUCAAGGGUGUGCGGACAUCACACUGGCACCCUACCACACCUUCUAUCCCCAGCUAGAUGAUCAUCUACGUACGGUGGGGCUGUCGUCACAGCCAAGCUGUUGGGAUGCCCCCCUCAGCAUUGAUAAAGACUAUAAGGAGGACUCCUCAGCCUGGAAACUGAUGGACCCAAAGCACUUCUACCUGUUUAACAUACCAUUCGAAAUGGAUGGUACCACCAAGAGUAUACCAGAGGUUCUGCCCACAGCAUACAGAGAAGCUGUCCAGCAACGGGAACAGCACAUUUCCAACUGGCAGACUUCGGUCAAGGAGGCGGGUCUAACCAAACAACAGCGCAAGCAGUUCCAGGCUUUAGUGGAAGCCAAGUUUCAGGAGUGGUUGAUUGAAACUGGACACAAACGUGAGCUAGAUGGACUAGUGAUGUCUUCCCACGUGGCGACCUCUACUGGAAGCAAAUGAAUUAAAUGUAAACAAUGAUGGCUUUGUAAAUUCGUGUCUGUGUGCUAUAUGUGAUGAAAUGAAAUAAAUGCUUGCAAGCUGCUUCAGGUUUUACUGAGAGAGGAGACGAGGAAAGGUAGUGAUCUACAAGAUAUUCAGUAAAUUCUGUUACACAGUGUGUUGAUGUACUUCCCACGACUCUGCUUGAUUAUAUGCUUUGUAAUUUCACUAAUGUAGUGCAAUUAUUUGUCUGAUGAAAUUAUGGGUUGCUGUUUGUGUCCAGAUACGGUUCAGAUAGUUAAGAGCACACUGCAUUAUGAUGUAGAGUGUACAUAGGUCUGGAGUAUCCACGUUUCCUCAUAUGAAAUUGUUUGGUCAUGUUUCAAGUGCAAUUCUCAUUCAAUGUAUUUAUAAUUGUUGUGCAUGCAUUUUGUAAGUUGUAAGCUGGUGGGACAAUUCAUGUUAUUUAUUUUGUGGAUUUUGUUGAUCUGCUUGUAUUAGUUCCCCUGAUUAAUUAUCAAGAAUGUAAUAUAUCACAAUAAUAAAAUAACUGGACUGAA